CAACAAUGGCUAUUGCAGCAGUUGCCUAUCUCAGGGUGGUGGACGAAGCAGGGAAUACUCAUACUGGCUUUGUUAUGGGUAAGGCGAAGCUGGCACCCAGACCUGAACACACAAUCCCCAGACUUGAGCUUUGUGCUGCUGUACUGGCCGUGGAGUUAGCAGAUUUCAUAUCAUCAGAGCUUGACAUGCACAUCGAUGCUAUCACCUUCUACACUGAUAGCAAAGUAGUGCUCGGAUACAUAAAUAAUGAGACAAGACGCUUUUAUGUGUAUGUCAGCAAUCGUAUUGUCCGCAUCAGAAGGUCCUCUCAUCCUAAGCAGUGGAAGUACGUGUCUACAGGGGAAAAUCCAGCAGACUGUGCGACAAGGUCUGUACCGGGUGCCUUUCUCUCAGAUACCUCUUGGCUCACUGGACCUCCUUUUCUGACUGAGCCCAUGCAAGAUUCUCUAGAACCAGACUCCUUUGAGCUUGUGGAUGCAAACAUGGACGCUGAGAUCCACCCGCAAAUCUCUACUUUGCAAACACAGGCUUCUUGCACACUACUUGGGUCUCACCGUUUCUCCAAAUUUUCUUCCUGGCAAGCUUUGAAACGUGCCAUUGCUAAUCUCCUUCACAUUGUGAACAGCUUUCACACACGUAAGGUCAAAGGGACCAUGCAAUGCAAGGGGUGGCAUUUCUGUCAGAAAGCAGGUACACCUGAUCAACUCAGUUUAUCAGAGCACGUUAUUAUUCAAACUGUGCAGGAAGAGGCAUAUGCUGAAGAGUUGACCUGUCUCAAAAAGAAUAAGGUGAUCCCUCAAGGGAGUCCUCUUAGGACCCUGGAUCCCUUCAUUGACGCACACAACGUCCUCAGAGUUGGUGGUCGGAUAAGACAUGGAGAGGUUCCUCAUGAAGAAAAGAACCCUAAGAUCAUUCCUUGUAAGUACCAUAUUGCAACAUUGCUGGCCAGACAUUUCCAUGAACAAACCCUGCACCAGGGACGCCACUUCACAGAGGGUGCCAUCCGUGCAGCAGGCUACUGGAUAAUAGGUAUGAAGAGAUUGGUGAGCACUGUCAUCCACCAUUGUGUCACAUGUCGAAAGCUCCGCGGCCUCCCUGAACAACAAAAGAUGGCUGACCUGCCAUCAGAUCGCCUCUCUAUGGAACCUCCAUUUACCUACGUUGGACUGGACGUGUUUGGCCCAUGGAGUGUUGUUGCACGGCGUACAAGAGGUGGUCUCGCCCAUAGUAAGAGAUGGGCAGUUAUAUUCACUUGCAUGGCCAUUAGAGCAGUCCACAAAGAGGUCAUAGAAUCUCUGGACACCUCAUGCUUCAUCAAUGCCCUCAGGAGGUUUCUAGCUAUUCGAGGUCCUGUGAAACAAAUAGGUUCGGACAGAGGCACAAACUUCGUGGGUGCGUCAGCUGAACUAAAGAUUCCAUCCAAUAUUGAUUCCACGUCUGUUGAGAAGUACCUAGCUGGAAAAGGUUGUGCAUGGGUCUUUAACCCUCCACAUGCGUCUCACAUGGGUGGCGCAUGGGAGAGGAUGAUACGAAUAGCCAUAAGAAUCCUCAAUUCAAUGUUCCUGCAUCUUGAGACAUCAAACUUGACGCAUGAGGUCCUUACUACGCUGAUGGCAGAAGUGGUGGCAAUUAUCAAUGCCAGGCCUCUCAUACCAGUAUCUACUGAUCCAAGUGACCCAGUUCUACUAACCCCAGCCACUCUCUUAACUCAGAAGAUGGGCACUCCAUCAGCUCCACCUGAAGACUCCAAUGUCAAAGAUAUGUGUAAACAACAAUGGCGUCAGGUGCAGCAUCUGGCCCAGACUUUCUGGAGCAAAUGGAGACGACAGUAUCUUUCUUCACUGCAGCCAAGAAGAAAGUGGCAGGACAGUCAACCCAAUCUGGAGCCUGGGAGCAUUGUACUUCUCAGAGAUCAGCAGCUCAAGAGAAAUGAAUGGCCUCUUGGAGUAAUCACCCAAGUCUUCCCUAGCCAGGACAAUAAGGUCCGCACAGCGGAGGUGAAGGUAUCCAGGCAAGAUGGGACAAAAGUAUUUUUGAGACCUGUGUCGGAGCUCAUUCUUCUGUUACAUCCAGACAAAGACUGAACUGUUACUCUAUAUCUAUAUACAUAUAUAACCAUGUAUAACUGUUCUGUAUUGUAUGUUAGUUGUGGCAUUCUAUCAUGCCAGGCGGGGAGUGUGCUGAUAGUGUUAGUGCAGCUGUCCCUUUAAUAGUUCUGAUACCUGGUGACAUCACAUGAAGCAGGAAGUAGUAAGGUUUAGUGAAGUUUGCACAUGGCCAAGGAGACUGCCAUGAAUCCACAUGCAUCUGCCCUCAAUCCUUCGUCUUUUGGAGCAUCGUCUUUUCACACUUUCUACAUCAUUAAACCUGUGGACAAAGAGUAAUGGUCUUCAGAGUCUUGAUGGAAGAAAAGUGUUGAACCUUGCUGCCGGUUCCUCUUCUGUGCAGUGUGAAGAGGGAAAGACAGUACAAGAAGCAUCUGAUGACAGCAGCUUAUCACUAUCAAAAAACAAGUAACAGAAAAGACUGAUUAUUAUAACA